GGCUUCCUGAUUUUCGUGCUGCAUUGUGUGCGAAACACCCAGGUGAGAUGAAUUUUGAAAAACAUUUUAUCUUUUUUUUUAAUUUUUUGCAGUUUUUUCUUAAUUAUGUGCAGUUAAAAUUUUUCCGCUUUUCCACCCUCAGAUUCAAGAGCGAUUCAAACGAAAGCUGAACACUGUUUUUCCAUCUGUAUAUACUAAAGACUCCGCAAUGAAGGGCUCGCAAACUAAUCCAAGUGCUGUCGAAGAUAUAGGGGCGGCCGAAUUGCAGUCUUGCGAUGAAUUUGAACUGAAAUAA